UCUACCACUGAUGUGACACGAAAGAUACUGUUUCUACUUUCUCGAAAUAAAGAAAUUCAACAUUUGUCUUCUGAUAGUUCAAAAGCACACAAGAUGAGCUCUAAUGAUCCCACACUUAAAGAUGAUGCUUCAAAUAAUAAUAAUCAUGAUCAAACACCAACAUACAAAACAUACUUGUGUGAUCCUACAUCAUUAUAUUACGAUGAUUAUUUUUGCUACAGUGAUGAUCGUACAAAUUUGUGUCUCAGCAGAUUAAAAGAUAUAACUACUCUCCCAGUGAAGAUUUUCAAUGGACUUGAAAACAUCAUAACUUUAGAUUUAGGAGAAAUUGGACUGACGAAACUCGAGUCUGGUAUUUUUGAUGGUCUGUCAAAACUUACUCAAUUGUUUCUCAAUCAUAAUAGAUUAGUCACUUUGCCAAGUGGAAUUUUCAAAGAAUUACACUCACUAAAAGAAUUAUAUUUAAACGACAAUGAAUUUACAAGUCUUGAAUCUGAUAUUUUCAGCAGUUUAACUAAUCUUACAACACUAAAUAUCAGCGCUAAUAAAUUACUUGCUUUGCCAAAUACAAUUUUCAAAGAUUCACGAUUGUUACAAGAAUUAGAUUUGAGUAAAAAUGGAUUGACAAGUCUCGAGUCUGAUAUUUUUAGUGGUUUGUCUUGUCUUUUAAGACUAUAUAUCAGUGAAAAUAAAUUAUCGUCUUUACCAAAAACGAUUUUUAAUGGAAUAAAAUCUUUGGAAUGGCUGUAUUUGAGGUCAAAUAAAUUGAAAACUCUAGAGACUGAUAUUUUCAGUGGUUUGUCUUGUCUUUCGAAAUUAGAUAUCAGUGCUAAUAAAUUAUUGUCUUUACCAAAAGCAAUUUUUAAUGGAAUGGAAUCUUUGGAAUGGCUGUAUUUGGAGUCAAAUAAAUUGAAAAGUCUAGAGACUGAUAUUUUCAGUGGCUUGCCAAAGCUCAUGUAUGUAAAUUUAUUCGAUAAUAAAUUGAUUCUGCCAAAUCCAAUUUUCAACAGAACAAAAAAUUUACAAUCAUUGAUAUUAAGUUCAAAUAAAAUAGAAAGUCUAACAGCUGAUUUUUUAAAUGGUAUGACUCAUGUCACAAGCUUGCAUCUUGCAAACAAUCGAUUAUCAUUUUUGCCUAAAACAAUUUUUCAUAGAUUAGUUAAUUUAGAUCGAUUAGCUUUGAAUUUAAACAAAUUAAAAAGUCUUGACGCUGAAAUUUUUACCGGUUUGUCUCGCCUCAAGUAUUUAUUUAUCAACAAUAAUGAAUUAUCGACGUUGCCUGAUACAAUUUUCCAUGAUACAAAAAGUUUAGAGCUGUUGUCAUUAGAUUCGAAUAAACUAAAAAUUCUAACACCAGAUAUUUUCAAUGGUUUGCCUUGUCUCCGGAUAUUGCAUAUCAACAAUAAUGAAUUAGUAUCUUUGCCAAAAACAAUAUUCAAAGAAUUAAAAUUUUUAACAAGUUUAUCUUUGCAUUCAAACAAAUUAUUCAGCCUUGAGGCUGAUACUUUUAUUGGUUUAUCUGAACUAAAGUCUUUAAGUAUCAGCAAUAAUGAGCUAUCUACUUUGCCAAAAGAUAUAUUCAGGUAUAACAGCACAGCAGCAAUAAAAACAACAACAACAACAACAACAACCAACAGAGCACCUGGACCUGAACGUAUAGAGAUUGCAUAG